UCGUAGGCAACACUGCAAACGAUGAUACAGAAAAUGCAAUUUUAAAUCUUGCCACUGGAAACGAUGUCUUUCUGAUGACGGCAUCAUAUUGUCUAUUCAAUGUGCCUCUUUCUUGCUCUUCAUCCUGCUCUGGCCUAUCCAGUCGUACAAUGAUUUGGCUCUCUACAUCUUGGUUUUUGUUCACUCAAGUUAAUUUUGAUUUGACUCAACUUUUUUUCUUUCCCCUUGGUCCUCACGAUAUUGGUUCCACCACACCUAGUGGUCCCGGAGGUCUUCCAGUUGCGGCGGCUUAUCUCAGCCCUACCACUCUGGCUUUUCUUCAACAGCAACAGCACCAUCAACAGCACCAUCAACAGCCCUCGUCGCAACAGUCUUCGCAACAGCAGCAAAACCAAUCAUCUCAAAAUCAACAACAACAACAGUCGCAACAGCAACAGACAUCUCAGUCUCCGUCCCAUAUUCAGCAGGCUCAACAGACUGUCACA